GGCCGUCAGUCUCAGCGUCCGGCGAAAUUUAGGCGACGGCCAGACAGGGACACGCCGACGACCUAGCUCACAAGCACACAGCUGGCGGCAGCUACUUAUUGGCGGCCAUUGCCUUUGUUGCGCCAGCAGACCUCGCCGUUGCCUCUCCCCAAUCACCUUCCAAUGGAUCUUCGUCAGGCCGUGGCACAUCCCCGUCGGCGGCGGCAAAAGAUGAAGAUCUCUGUGAAGACCCUCACUGGAAAAACAAUUGUCAUCGAGGUGGCGUCCUCUGACACGAGUGACAACAUCAAGGACAAAAUUCAGGAGAAGGAGGGCAUUCCCCCAGACCAGCAACGACUUAUCUUUAAUGGAAGACACCUUGAUGCUGAGUGGACAGUUUCAGAUUACAAUAUUCAGGAGCAGUCCACCCUGCACCUUGUCCUGCGCCUUGGUGGUCCUUGUACCGUUUGUUGUUAUAGAUAUAUUAAUGUGCAGAUGCUCGCUGGCAAGACCGUCAGCAUCGAGGUAGAUCCAACGGACACGGUUGACACUAUCAGGGAAAAGAUUUGUGCUCCCCAGAGGCUCUUCUUUGCUGGCAAGCAGCUUGAGGAUGGACGGACAAUUGCAGACUACGAAUUUGGGAACAAUAUCAGUCUGCACCUCGACUUUGGCAUGCAGAUUUUCGUGAAGACUGCCAUUGGUAAGACCACCACUCUCCUGGUAGAGCCGUCUGACACGAUCGACAGCAUUAAGGAGAAGAUUCAGGGCAAGCAAAGGAUCAUCUUCGAUGGGAAACAGCUAGAUGGUCAGGGCACCCUUACUGAUUACAACAUUAAGAGAGGCUCCACCCUAUACCUUCGUCCCAGCAAGAAUGGUGACAUGCAGAUUCUUGUGAAGACACAAACCAGCGAAACCAUCAGGCUCAUGUUUAAACUUUCUGACACUAUUGGUGAUGUGAAGGCAAAGAUUCAGGAGAAGCAAAGGAUCAUGUUUGAGGGCAGGAAGCUAGAUGAUGGGCGGUCUACCCUUGCCGAUUAUGAUAUCCAGGAAGAGUCCAUCUUGCACCUUGACUUUGGCAUGGAGAUAUUUGUGAAGACACCCACGGGCAAGACCAUCACUCUUAACGUGGAUCCAUCUGACACAGUUGACAGCGUUAAGGAAAAGAUUCAUGGAAAUCAGAUUCUCCUCUUUGGUGGCAAGGAGCUUGAAAGUGGACAGACACUUGAGGAUUAUGAUAUCCAGGGAGGGUCAACAUUGCAUGUUGAGGAUUGUCUUACUGAAGGAUGAGUCCAUUGGUACCACUAGCAAUGUGAAGGCUACGAUCCUGAUAAAGACAUAAGGUGGCUAUUCCCUCAUAGUUCGUGUUGCACCUGUCCUUGUUUUGUCUGGGAAUAUACCCAGAACUAAUGUGUCAUCCUGGGCCAA